AUGUUAGGAUGUAAACUUGCUCCUACACCUGCUGAUCCUUCUGUUAAACUUCAUGCUGAUGAAGGUGUCCUUCUCACAAAUCCUUCUUCUUACCAUCGUCUUAUUGGAAGGUUAAUUUAUCUCACCAAUACGCGACCGGACAUUGCUUUUGCCAUCCAACAACUUAGCCAGUUUGUUUCUACUCCUCGCCAACCUCAUAUGCAACAAGCCAUGAGGAUUAUUAGAUAUUUAAAGAACGCUCCUGGUCCUGGUUUGUUAUAUGCUGCUAAUAAUUCCUUUCACAUUCAUGCAUACUCUGAUUCUGAUUGGGCCACUUGUGCUACCACUAGAAGAUCCAUCUCUGGUUUUUAUGUCUUUCUUGGAACCGCUCUUAUUUCUUAG